AUGUCAGCUGAUUUUUCUUAAAGAGAGGAGGACUCAAACUAGCUAAAUGAUAAUUCUAUUGCCCUUAAAAUUCUUGAAAAUAUUUCUAACCCUAAUAAUGACUACUUAAAUUCAAAAGUCAGUUCUUAGGAGAGACUUCCUUAAGCAUAGACUUAGCCAAUAACAACAUAAAAACUAUAUGGCCAUCAAAUUAAUGUGAAUUCUGAAGAUAAAACUGCUGGGCUUAAUUUGAGAAAAAAGCCUUCAGAGGUUUUGACUAUAAUGAAUAAUUAGGAAAGCAGGCUAGCAGAGUAGUCAAAGUUAAAAAGACUUUUUGUGCCUAAUAUAAAUAUAGAUCUUAAAAUCAGGCAGAAAAGAACCAAUUUCUUGAUUGGAGCACCGACUAGUAACAACUUUCAACUACCAGAGGUUUGGUAAAACAAUCAAUAGCUAGAUACUAACGCUAGUUUGGUGGGCUUUCAAAAUAAUAGGGCUAAAGUUGAAAGUUAAAAAUUGAAACGAAAAAUAAAUACGAUUAAUUCAUAACCAACAAACAGAGUUAGGGGUGUUAAUUCACUCAAUUCUGCACAAAAUCCCCGAAAUUUCAUCGAAACGUUUAAUAUGCCUUUGAGAGGGAGGCCAGUAACAAUAGGUGACAGAACAAGAGAAAUAAUAAUGAGGUGUGACUUGAUUAAAUAGAACUAUGAGUAGUAACAAGAGAGACUCUAUCACGAUAUUAAUGACUAUGAGUCAAAAAGAGGAAUUAAUACAGCAGGAAAUAGCAACAACUCAUUUACUCAUGGAUUAGACACUUUCAAAGAUCGAAGACCUUUGCAGGCAAAGAUCUAUAACUUUAGUUCUGCUGCAAAUAGUAAAUAAUAGAAGAAGAGAAGUUUUAUUGAUUCAACUCAGCUGUUCUACAAUAGCAACAACCCUGCAACAGAUAGUCAAAUAUUGGAUUAGGUAAAAUAGAUAAAUUUAAAAUUGCCUGCUCCAACUCACCAGGAAUCGCAGCAAAUUCUGCCUCUUAAGCACGGUGAUAGGAGUUUUGAGAAUAUAUUGAGAUUUUUAGACAUCGGAAAGGCAGAUUUUGAUUAUAUUAAUAGAGGCCUGAGAGUAAAAGGGGCAAAUGUAGUUGACAUUAAUAAAUCCACGGAGAUACCUUUGAAUAAUGAGAAAAAGAAGAAUAAAAACGAUUUCUACAGAUUCCUACUUGCACAAAAUAAUCUCUACAAUGGUAAUGAAAUCAAAAUUAACAACGAUAUAUUAAUACCAAGGUCUAUACUGAAAAAAGGUGAAAGACGAUCUAGGGAAGGGCGAAGAUCUAGCUUGAAUGAUGAUGAAAUAGACGCAUAUUAUUCAGAUUAUGAUUAAAUCACAGGAGUAUAGGGUAGGCCGUUAUUGAGAAACAACCCACUGCUAUCACCUAAGUUUAACUAGAUAUUGAACUUCUAGCACUAAGCUCAAGACUUAAAAAGAAUGAUGGACUAGAACAUGAAGCCUGGAGUGGCAACAUCAAUUACUCCAGAACAUCUACAAUCUAAACAGGAUAUUGAUUUUCCAGUGGUCAAGCAAAAUUCAACUAUUGAUGCAGAUAAAGACAAGAUCAAAAAAGAAGAUACUAGUGAUAUCAUAAAUAUUAAAGAUGAUCAAGUCGAAGAUUAUAAUAAGACUGGAACUAAGGAUAAAAGUAAUAUAUCAUAAGAACAGUUUUAAGUUCUCAACUAAGAUCUAUAAAUUGAAAGUCAUAUUUAAUCAAUUGAAUAACAGUCCAGGCAGGAGGAGCUAAAGUAAAAGUCUGAAGCUAAGUAACUAGCAUUUACAUAGCAGCCAAAGAAAAGAAUCAUUAGAGAGACUGUCGGUGGAGGUACUGUCUUUGAAACAUAGGUUGAGGUAAUAGAAAGAGAGGUGAUUGAUGAGAAUAAUAAGCAAAAGAGAAAUACGAACCAAUCCUAGAAAUUGGGAGAAAUUCCUGAGGAUGAAGCGAAGUAAAAAUUAAAAGAGCUGUAAAAGCAAAAAGAUGACAAGAUAUUCGGGUUUAACAACUUCAAUGAAUUCAGACUCAAAUACUUCCAAAAGGAUGUGAAUCCGCUAGAGAGUAAAAGCAGAAUAAAGCAGCUGAAAGACGCUAGAGUCAAGUACGGGAAAAAAUUUACUGGUCUAAUCAACUAAGAUUGA